AUGGCGACGCUGGGCGCAAGUGCGGGUAUGGACAGAAUCCUGCCCGGGAACUUUCUCCAGUGUGAGCGGCCUCCGGGGUGGCCCAGAGGCAGCCCUGCUCCACUACCGAGCUGCUGAGGCAGUCGAAGCCCGGGCAAGUUCAGCCAAAAGUCAGCCUCGGCCGGGAUCCGAGCAGAGAUUGGGCCUAAAAGACUUAAAAAAGGAAAUGACCUUUGGCUCUAGAAGUUAGACUCAUUUUUCUUGAUAAAAUGGCAACAGUGAAAACCCCCAGGCGAGAAUUAAAGAAUGUGGAAGAACACAUCAACAAAAAAAUGCCCCUCCUUUUGAAGAGCCUAGUGGAGGAGCCCAAGAAAAGAGCCGAAGUGCCUAAUCACCUCCUCGAAUCAAAGAUUUAUACCAAACUUCUGAAUAAUAGGGCGAUACAGGCAAGACCUGGCAUAGUGCAUUUUGGAGGCUAUCAAAUAGAAAAGCAGCACCAGCAGAUUCUGCACCUGGUCAACAUUUCCGACGAAGACACGCACGUUCAUAUUUUACCCCCACAAACCAAAUACUUUCAGAUCAGCUACUUGAAAAAGGAAAACCGCCUCAUCCCUGGCUUGUCCCUUGCAAUCACCAUUACAUUUUCUCCAGAUGAGUGGCGAUACUACUAUGACUGCAUCCGCAUUCACUGUAAGGGAGAUGACACCUUGCUUGUUCCUAUCCAUGCCUAUCCUGUCACAAACACCCUGGACUUUCCCACGUUCAUAAAUCUAUCAAAUGUUCUCCUUGGUGAGAGCAAAACUUACAUUAUUCCUUUGCAGUGCAGCUGCCCCGUGGAUUUUGAGUUCCAGGUCACUUUGAUUCAGUCUCACCAAGCCUUUGUUAUUGAGCCAACAUCAGGAAUAAUUCCAGCUAAUGGGAAGAUGGAUGUGACUAUAAAGUUCACACCCUUUCAGUAUGGCACUGCACAAAUAAAAAUGCAGUUAUGGAUUUCACAGUUCAACUCUCAGCCACUUGAAUGUGUCUUCACCGGAACAUGCUAUCCUAACCUGGCCUUACCAUUAGAAGAAUUUCAAAGAUUAAAUACUCUUUCUAAGAAAGUAAAUGUUCCUCCAGAAAAAGCAAUGAGACAUAUACAUUUUCACCAACUACCAGCAAAGAGAGAACCUCCAAAGAUGAAGGAAAUUGAGUACCAGAAUCUGAGAUUUCCAGUAGAUUUAUCAAAUCCAUUUGCUGUGGCAACUGUUUUAAACCAAGUACCAGGAAAAUUGAGGAUUAAGGAAUUAAGAGAAGUUUUGGACCAACGCACUGAGACAUUAAAAACAAGACAGAUGAAGGAGGCGCUCUUUGAACAGAAAGUCAGACAAGACACUUAUGAAGAGAUGGAAAAUCACCUUAAAUGGCAGGUGCACCUUGGGAAGGAUCAUAUGUCUUUUAAAUUGAGAAAGGAGCUUACUGAGGAGCAGCAAAGGAUAUACACCAACUAUAAGCGAGAUAGAGGAGAUCCUGUUUCGGAAGAGGAAUUUCAGCGACUCAAGACAGAAGUUAACCAUAAACGGGUUGUUCGCAGUCUAGAAGAGAAUAUCAUAGACUUGAAGCCUAAUUUUGAUCCACUUGUUAAUAAUAAUUGGAUCAACAGGUUCAGGACACAAAGACGAUUUCAACAAGCAGCAUGCAGGAUCAUGCUUCAGCGACGGUUACUCAAAACACUAACUGCUAUCCGUAAAAUAGACAAAGAGAGUAUGCUACGCAAGUUCUAUCAAGUAAAGCAAUCGUUAGUGCAAGACAAGCAUCCCUGCAAGUACUUUCAGUCAGGAGCCCGUCAGGAGGAUUGCUCUUGCCAGUUCUCAGUGUCACCCAAGGAAGUGCUGCCCUUCACCUUCCCAUCCUACAACCCUCCCCAGGACUCCAACGAGCUGGCUCCUGAUGGUCUUGGACUGGUCCCAAUUAAGCCUUUGGAUGUACAGAUCAAGCAGAGUUAUUCCUUCUUCAAUUUGAAGGUUCCGCAGCUGUACAAAAUUAAGGGUUACCAGCCAUUCUCUGUCCAUGCGUCUUCAACCAGUUAUAAAUCUCAAAAGCUCGCACGGACCCUGAAGCAAGGAGCUGAGGAUGAAGUCACCACCUUCAUAGCACUGCCAAAACAGAACCCAACAUCUCAACUCUCUGGCAAGUCCUCAAUAUUGAGUAUGAAACCACCUGAGAGCUUGGCCAUGUCCCCACACUAUGACCCACUUUAUGUCUUUAAUCCCAACCCGGGUUUAUUUGCUGUGAAGCACCCUUUGACCUACUCAGAAACAUUGAUAGACUACCAUCUGUGCACUCACCCCAAGUACAAGUUCACCCACGAGGUGCACCGUGGCUCCAGCAUUCCUCUCACCCAGAAGCAGUUUCUCCAUCACACGGACAUUAUUCCUGGAAUCAUGCACUGGAAGAGGUUCCAGUCUCUGGCACUCUCAGCCCUGCCUGACCCUUCUAAGAUAGAGACUACCCACAGCUGUGACUCCUAUAACCCUGUCAUGCUUCCUGUAGACAUCCCUGCCCCUCUGGACGCCUUACCGGAAGAAGACAGACUGGAAGCUGUUGAAGGUGAGCUCUGUGAUCACAGUACAGAAGUUACACUGACUCCAGAAAUGAUCCAAGCGGAAUUCUUCAUGUUGGACCACAAGGACACCAAGAAGAAAGAAGUGAAAGAUCAAACACAACCAGCAGAGAAGGCAGGAGAAAAGGUGCUUGAGGAGAUGAAGCAUCUGCAGAGCAAAGCUCUCAACACAUACCUGAUUGUAGAAUAAAAAUCACCAUGAGAUGAACUUGCUCCAUAUGUCACUUAUGAAAAUAAAAAAAGAAGAAGAAGAAGCAGCCAACUGGUAAAAACAACCUCAUCAUCCCAGCAUGAGUCACCAGCUGGAGCCUGUGGACCGCAGCUUCCCUCUUGUUACAGAGAUGAAUCGUUCUUUGCUUCUUGACAGGCCCUCUUGCUGGCAUCAUUAAUUUUUCUCUCAGUGAGCUCAUUAUCCUAUAAAUGCACCUUACAAAACAAAGCAAAAAUUUUCUUAAACCUCAGGUUCACCUGGAGCUACCACCCCAUCUCUGCUCCCUUCAGAGAAGAGCUGCCUGUUUCCUCACCUCCUGUUCUCUCUUCCAGGAGUCAGAUGUUCCCGCUCAUCUCUGCACUAAAUAGCACUUUAGUGUGUCUGGGUCACAAUCGCAGUGAAAUGUAUGACCUCCUUCAAGAGUUUGGCAAUCCAGCCCCUGUUCACCCCACCCACCCCGAGCUCACCAGCACCUUCUCCUCAUGCCUCACUCUAUUCUAGCCAAACACAUUGUCCCAUUCCUGCCCUAUGGCCUGGGUACAGCCAUCUUCUCUGCUGCGGAUGCUUUCUACCCCAAUGUCCAUCUCAUUCUGUCCACCAUGCAGGUCUCAGUUCAAACAUCCCCUCCUCAGAGCGACCUCCUCUGACCAUCGUAGCUAAAGAACCCCCCUACCCUAUCUUUUAUACCUCUAUCCUUUAGCUUUAGUUCCUUAACAGCCUUAUCCCUGUUGGAAAUUAUCUUAUUUUUUUAUGGUUGCAGGUGCUCGAUACAUGUGUUGCCUGAAUAAGCAAACCAAAGUUUCAUCCAACCAUAGGUAGUGGGAAGAAGGAAGGGUGGGAGAAGGCAGAUGCAGGAAGCAAUCCUGAGUCAGGGCCAGGGGGCAGCGGGAGGGGGAGGACAGGGGCUUGAUGGUAGGAGCAGGCCCUUGUCCUGGACUAUGGUGAUCCACCCUGGACCAAACCAGCCCUCCCCAGACCCGAAAAGAAGACCCCUAGCAGAGAAAAGACGUCACCUGCUGUUCCCGGGUCCCCUCAGACAGCAGCAGCAAACUGCCACCUCUCAUUCUCCCAGAAGCCUGUGCUGACAGGGCUAGAUAUUGGCCACACUCGGGCCUCACACUAGACGUCUCUGUGGAGGCUUCUGGAAUGGAUGGACCUCAGCUGUGAAAGUCCCAGUGGUCUUCCCUCCAGGGCCUUUCCCAUCUUCUAUGGCUGCUCCGCCCUCUGCCCUUUGUGCUCUGUUCACUCCCACGCUCCAGAAGGGUUCAGCUGAGAGUUAAGGGGAAAGUUCUCCUCUCCUGGAAUGAGACCCAGUCUCGAUAGGAAAAACCCCACUCUCACCCCUUGACCCCUAGCAAAUUCCCAUUAGUCUUCCAAGGUUCAGAUACAAGGUCAUCUUCCUAAGAAGUGGUCAUCCCCUGCUUUGGACCUAUCAGAGGGAAAGGGCAAGAGUUCUUUGCCCAUGUGGACUUACUUGUCUAUCUGCUUUACUGAGCGGGGGCCUCUCUGAAGGCUGUGUCUGCUUCUUACCCACAUUUUAUCUCCAUCGC